AUGCAGGGAAAGGCACCCGCAACAUCCUCUAAGGCUAUUCCAAAGAAAAGAAAAAAACCAGCUCACAAACGGAAGACUGCUACUCCCUCUGCAAGUGAAGAUUCAGAUUCAGAAACUAAGUCAAAUGUUCGUGUUGAAACACCUCAACCCAUUCACAACGAGGAGGAAAUAUCGGCUCGUAAUGAAGAGGCAAAGACUAUUCACAAUCAAGAUCCUCCAGUUGACAAUGAAGAAGAUACUAUAAACCGAGAGGUACAUCAAUCUGUUCAUGAAUCAGUUCCCUCUCCUCCUCCUUCUCCAAAAUCAACCUUGAUUCCCAUUACUAUUGCUCCUUGUCCACCCCUUCUUAUCUCAUCUCAACCUGCUAAGGUUCCCAUCUCAACACCAAUCUUAACCACUUUAACUACCAAUACCAUCACUUCUAUGAUUCCUGAGGUUUUGGUCAACAUAUCUAAUACGGGGGCUACAACUUCAAUGUUCACUACCCCUAUUUCCUCAUCCAUUUCUCCUAUUCGUAAUGAUGAUCUGGAAAUGAUAUUUGUCGAAGAUGAUGAUGAAGAUGAGCUAGGCGGAUUCACUUAUAUAGAGCUAACUUUUGCAUGA